AUGUAUGCAUUUAUCUCUGGGACUUUUUUCUUCGCCCUUCUUUGCCAUACUGGUCAUUUACAGAGAAAUGACCAUGACAAUUCCUUUUUUCAAAAUCAAGCACGGUUUCCACGAUGUACAUCGGGCUGUAGUUCUAUUCCGACGAACACUCCACGACACUGUAUUUCAGUUGGAAGACUAUAUCGGUUUCGCGGAAGAUUUUGUCGAGGAUGUGAUUGGGUCAGAUCGGGAUGUGACAACACAUGUAAUGGUGUAAACUGUGCAAGAAACAAUGGACCUCCACAAUGUUACAGAAAUUGCCCUUACAUUAAUCAAGGAAUGCCAAGACAUUGUAUUAUACCAGGUGUAUUGGUUAACAACCAAGGUUUUCUAUGUAGAUUAUGUGAUAGAAUACAACCGACAUGUUCAAGAUUGGCGUCUCGCUUUAUUCCACGCUGUCCGGUUAGAUGCAAAGAGGUGGUGAACGGAACCCCUGAACACUGCAUCAUAAGAGGACGAGUGAUGAACUACCGCGGUCGGCCAUGUAGGCUAUGUGACACGGUUAAUUUUGGCUGUGUGAGAAAAAACUUGACCAUUUGUGCUGAAGCCCUGGAAACCUGCAAGACUGCACCAAAGGGUAUGCCAGAUUUCUGCAUAUCUCAAAACGUUACCAGUACACCAGCGACACCGCCAUGUCUAACGUGUCCAGUCAUUAGUAAUUCCAGUAUGUGUAGGUUCCCACCUUGCCAAAGAUGCACACCACUCACUAAUAUAGCCACGGUUCCUCCUGAAUGUAUCAAAGAUGGCGAUAUUGUGCAGAUUCCCGGAUACCACUACAGAUGUAGCCUCUGUCCUUACAUUGAUCCGUUUUGUUCUGAACUUGAAGUUACUAUCUGUGGAAAUCAAAUGGCAAACUGUGUCGGUACACCAAUCGGAACACCUCAGCGCUGUAUCGACCAGUCCGUGCAUAUAUUUCUAGGAAGUCCCUGUCUGUCCUGCCCGAUCCUGAAAACUGAAGAACCCGGAUGUGUGAAGGAAGCGUAUGAUAUUUGCACAGGAUUUGUGUGUCCACGUGUAACUAGGCAAACUGUCAUGUGCUUUGAUAAAGGUCCAUUUUCCAAUGCCCCGAAUGCUACAUGCAAAACUUGUCCAAUUUUACAUAGGCACAAACAUAAUUUGUGUGCAACAGUUACCUCCUAUCAGCGAUUUUGA